ACCGCUUGGAUUGCUGGUGAUCCAAAUUUUCUGGAGCUUUCUAAAACCGGUGUGAAUUCGACUCAGAUAAGGUUUAUAUAUUGAACUGCGAAAAUCUAUAUUGAAAUCUAUUUUUUCUAAUUAAAAAAAAAGCAAUUAAAAGACGAAUCCCAACAUUAUGGACAAGGUAACUGAAUUGAAGGACAAAGGAAAUAAAGCCCUGCAAGAAGGAAAAUAUGAUGAGGCAGUAAAAUAUUAUACCGAAGGUAUUGCUAUUGAUCCAUCAAAUCAUGUUCUCUAUAGUAAUAGAUCGGCAGCGUAUGCAAAGGCAGAAAAAUAUAAUCAAGCCCUUGAGGACGCUGAAAAAACGGUGACCCUACAAUCAACAUGGGCCAAGGGUUAUUCACGAAAAGGUAGUGCCUUGGCGUAUUUGGGUAAAAUUGAUGAAUCAAUAAAAGCUUAUGAAACUGCCCUACAACUUGAUCCAUCAAAUGCACAAAUAAGAGAAAGUCUCGCUGAUCUCAAAGCACAACAGGGACCAUCAAUUGGCAAUCCAUUUAGUGCACCCGAUUUAUUCAUUAAAUUACGCAGUGAUCCACGAACAAAAGCCUAUCUUGACGAUCCAGAAUAUUUGAAAAUGAUUCAAGAACUUCGUACAAAUCCAAAUCUUUUGAAAACAAAAUUAAUGGACACACGAAUAAUGACAACAAUUGCUGUUCUUUAUAAUGUUAAUAUGACAACAAUGGACGAACCAAUGGAGACGGAUUCACCGAAAAAAGAAACAUCUCCAUUAUCCAAAGACGAGCCAAUACCAAAACCUGAGGAUAAUCUUCCACCAGAGAAAAAACAAGCCCAACAAGAAAAAAAUCAUGGCAAUGAGGCGUAUAAAAAGAAAAAUUUUGAACUUGCCCUUCAACAUUAUAAUAAAGCAGUUGAACUCGAUCCAAAUGAAAUAACAUUUCAAUUAAAUAUUGCUGCCGUUUAUUUUGAACAAAAAGAUUAUCAAAAAUGCAUUGAACAAUGCGAGAGAGCAAUUGAAAUUGGUCGUGAGAAUCGUGCCGAUUUUAAAUUAAUAGCAAAAGCAUUCACUCGAAUAGGACAUGCAUAUAAAAAAAUGAAUCAAUGGAAACAGGCGAAAAUUUAUUAUGAAAAAUCAAUGUCCGAACAUCGAACGCCUGAAAUUAGAACAUUAUUGUCUGAUAUUGAAAAAAUAAUAAAAGAAGAAGAGAGGAAGGCUUAUGUUGAUCCAGUGAAGGCCGAGGAGGAAAAAGAAUUGGGUAAUGAGAAAUUUAAAAUUGGCGAUUAUGCAGCGGCAGUUAAACAUUAUACUGAGGCAAUUUUAAGAAAUCCUGAUGAUCCAAAAUAUUAUAGUAAUCGUGCGGCAUGUUAUACAAAAUUGGCGGCAUUUGAUUUGGGUUUAAAAGAUUGUGAGAAAUGUGUUGAAAUUGAUCCAAAAUUCAUUAAAGGUUGGUUAAGGAAAGGUAAAAUUUUACAAGGUAUGCAACAACAAGGUAAAGCAAUUGGCGCUUAUCAAAAGGCAUUGGAUUUGGAUCCAAGUAAUGCUGAAGCUUUAGAUGGAUAUCGUUCGUGUUCAGUAGCUGUUAGUUCGAAUCCAGAAGAAGUACGAAAACGUGCUAUGGCCGAUCCUGAAGUACAAAGUAUAAUGAGAGAUCCAGCAAUGAGAUUGAUUCUCGAACAAAUGCAAAAUGAUCCAAAAGCAUUGCAAUACCACCUUAAAAAUCCAGACAUUGCGGCUAAAUUACAAAAACUUCUCGAAUCUGGUCUGAUUGCAAUUAAUUGAAGGGAAGAACAUUUUUUUACCAUGUACAGCUCAAGUGUAAAGUUCUUUUUUUUAGCGUCGAUUGAUUUCGAUUUCAUUAUUGCCGACGUAUCGCCUUUUUUUUAUUUUAUAUAACAGUACUGAUUUAAUCAAAAAAAAAUUUUUUUUUUAAACAACCCAAUUAGUUUUUUUAACGAGACAAAAAUCUUUAUAUCCAUAUAUAUAUAUAGCUUACACGUAGAUUCGUGAUAAACUUCUUUAAUUUAUGGUGUAACCAAUGCAAUUCAAACAAAAUAUUACAUUUUACGUGUGACAUUCAAUUUACUUUAGAACAAGUUUAAUUUUUAAUUGAAUUAAAAAAAAAAAAAAAUAUUGUAAUAGUUAGUAUAUAGGCUUUUUAAUAUUGUAAUUACAGUAACUUUAUACAAUACUAGCGAUUGUGUUCGGCAAACCUUUAAUCUUACUAUCAACAAAAAAUAAAAUACACGUUUUGUCUCUCACUUAAAUUUUUGAAAUUUUGUAAAAAAAAAAAAAGAAGAAUUUAGUUGAUUUUCUCUAUAUGACACAAAUAUUUUAUCAUGAAAUUCUUUUUAUCGUCUCGAAAAGAAAAAUGUAGUAGCAAUACAAUUGAUAAACUGUUACGUUUGAAAUAAAAUUUCAUAUUUUAUUGUUCGUCCAUUUAAUACAGAGAAGGCAAUGCAAAGCGCUUGUAAAUGACAGAAUUAAAAAUUUAUAUCUACGUGCUUUUUUUUUAUUAUUAAUUAUAAAAUAAACAUUAGACUGCUUUAGAGAAAUUAAAGUUAAUCAUAUUUAGAACAUA